UAGCUGCUGCUGGUUUGGCGAGACACGAGUUGGAGUGCCGAGAGAGCAGCCGAGGUCCCGUUGCGCCGGGAUAGGCGUCAUGAAAGCGCGCCAGUUGACCGAGUGCACCUCUCGUCGCACGAAACCGCGUAUUUGCUGCCGUUGAUCUUACGUUGACCUCCUCGUUUUCUGCUUUCGUGGCAAGGACUUGACCCGCGUCUAUACUGCUCCUGCCUGUCACUUCUUCCUUGCUGCUCCAGCGCUGGAUCUCUGCCGUUACGUUCCGUUUGGAGAAAGGAUCUGUAUUUAAUACCAUUUCGUUGUUCCUAAAGACAGUGUACUCAUUUCCAGUGAUGUGCCCGAAGUGUUGUUCUUCAGUAUGUGAUCACGGAUGUGCUAGUACCCCUGACACGACGCUCCAGUGGUGAAAUAGGACAACAGGAGUGGGUGUGUGUGCAUGUGCAUGUAUGGAAGAGGACUGUUAGCUGACAAACGUGUAUGUGGAUAUUGUUCAACAGUUUGCUCGUUCCACAUACGAUCUUCUGCCACCUUGUUAUUGACAUAUUGAUUUCGUCGGUAUGCCCUAUCUCGUGGCGAAGCAGCCUGGACAGUGAGCGAAAGAAUGAGAACUCGUUUCUGUCAGUAGGCACGACCGCAUCGAACGAAAGUAUAAAACGUGCUUUGCUUUCGCGUUGAUAGCUUCGUGCGGCUGCCGUUUCACCUUGACGUUGGAGCAUCGAACGUUGUGGCACGUUUCGGCAGAUAUUCCGAGAAUAAUGCAGAAUCGAAAGUGACAAUCGUUGGUAUAUCCCGAAGUUUUGCAACGCUUCGUUCGUAGCUUGAUUAUAAAUGCAAAAGAGCGAAGACAAUGGAUGAAAAGAAAUCACGUUAGAUUGUAUGGAUAGACGAUUCGAAUUCAUUCGGUGUCCUGUAAUGCUAUUUACAUAAUUUAGCAAUAUUAACGCAGGUCGUUUUAGACACCGCAUCAGAAUCAGACGCACAAACAAAAGAAUCAACUUCCUCUAAUAGUUAAUAUUUUCGUAUUAUCGUUUUCUUUUUUUUUACGAACUUCGUACAUUCCAGUCAUUUCGUCAAACGCAAAUCACCCAAGGUACAAAAUAAUUAAGGAACAAGCUAAACUUCCGCUAAGCUAUUGAUAAGCAAAUCGACAGCCUUAGGAGGACCUUAUUGUCUAAUAACCGUGACAUCUUCGAUUUCGGCUCACUCGGUUCGUUAGCUCGUCUGGAGGGUAGCAUCCCUCCGGGUCGUUAUCCCAUUCCGUGAGCUGACAAGGAGGGGUACACGCACUGGGAGGUAGAAUCCUACCAACCAGCAGCUAUUCCACGCCGAGAGUUUUAGAUUGCACUCGAAGAGAAGAAAUGGCCCCCUGCAAUGUCUCCAACGACCAUGUCCAUCGUCGAUGAACACAGUUAUUAGUCCGUCUAAUACCUCGGUUAAGCAUGUCGUCCGUGUGGUCGUUGUUCGUCGACUUUCUAGCUUGACAUUCCACGUGGAAAACGUCGUACAAGUUGCAUACAUUUAACAGUCAUGACGAAAGGAGGAACUAAAAGGUUAAUGAACGAUAGAACAAGAAAAAAGACAGUCGGCUAAGUCGCAGCAGCAGCAGCAGCAGCAGCAACAGGGACGUCCCAAAGGCUCAGUCAAACAAAGUGUUUAGCGAAGUAGUCAAUCAGGAAGAACGUGUUCAGAGACAGCACUGAACUGUCGUUUGUAACAUUCCUACCAGUGUAUCCGGAACAACGCAGAGGGGAGAGGCGUACAAGUGUUCCGGGUAGCCAAACUCGACCCAGCUCGGAUAUGGCAGCUGUCGUUCUUCCACGGCUCUAUAGUGAUCGGCAGUGCUGUUACCGGCAGUAUAGUACCUGUCAAUCGUGCGAACAGGUGUUGUCGCGAGGCGUCCAGGUUGGGACACGCGGUUCCUCGUGAUACCGGAUCCGGUGUCGUCGAUCGAUCAACAGACACGAGCUUAGCUCGCGCGCUUUCUUACCGACCGAAAGUGUUUCUGUGAUACGGUGAAUGUGAAUCGAAGGGCAAGUAGGGCGUAAAAGGAAAAGAGGAAAAUACAAUUGCUGCAUCGCUGUCAGCAUGAUUGUAUUAAGGAUGAUGAACGUGGCCAUCGAUUCACCGUGGCCUGUGUCCAGGUUUCGCGGCACUCUUCUACUACUCCUGACGCUACUCGCCGAGGUUACGUAUUCGGCGGAUCUUGCUAUUGAAAUACCAGGGAAUUUGAGCCAAGGAGGCUCUUGGUAUCGUUUAGACUACAGCCCUCCAGUUGGUUACCCACCACCAAAUACCACCAUUGCAGCUGUCGACAUCGGUGAUGUCAUUAAGUUCAAAGAUGGGCUUCCUGGCACUAAAUACGAAUUCUGGUUGUAUUAUAGUAAUAGCACCCUUCAUGACUGGCUCACAUGGACUGCCUCUAUUACCACAGCACCGGAUCCACCCUCGAACCUGACCGUCUCGGUACGAAAUGGAAAGAACGCGAUAGUCUAUUGGGCACCGCCAGCUCAGGGCAAUUAUUCCGGUUUCCGGUUGAGGGUGCAAAGCUUCAGCGACACCGGAAACCCAAAAACAAGCGUCAUCUCAGCGGAUGCUGUUCCCUAUCUGCUUCGUGAUCUCAUCCCCGGGGCAACGUAUUCCUUACAACUUUUCACUGUGUUGGACACCAAAGAAAGCGUUGCUUACACUAGCAGAAACUUCACCACAAAACCCAACACACCCGGCAAGUUUAUCGUAUGGUUUAGGAAUGAAACGACUUUGUUGGUCCUUUGGCAGCCUCCUUAUCCUGCUGGGAUUUACACCCAUUACAAAGUUAGUAUAGAUCCUCCUGAUGCCAUAGAAUCUGUUCUUUAUGUGGAAAAAGAAGGCGAACCCCCUGGUCCAGCACAAGCUGCUUUCAAGGGACUUGUUCCGGGAAGAGCCUACAAUAUUUCCGUGCACACGGUGUCUGAGGAUGAGACUUCAGCCCCAACAACGGCCCAAUAUCGGACGGUGCCAGUAAGACCCGUGAAUGUUACGUUCGACAAGUCUUCGAUAACGUCCACUUCCUUCCGGGUCUUCUGGAGUCCUCCUGACGGAAUGUCCGAAUUUGAUAAGUAUCAAAUAUCGUUAGGGGGUAACCGAAGACUAGCGCCGGUUACCAGGAACAGGGAUGACGAGACUAAGUGGGAAUUCAAAGACUUGGAACCAGGAAAAACUUAUCAAGUUAUUUUGAAAACCGUUUCUGGGAAAGUGACAAGUUGGCCAGUCAGUGGCGACGUAACUUUGAAACCACUACCAGUGCGUGAUCUCCGUGCUGUGAUCGAUGAAAAAACUGGGAUGGUCGAAGUUUCUUGGCAUCCUGAAAAUUCGAGCACUCAGGAUAGUUACAAGCUUCAGUAUCACGAGGUGGAAACAACGAUCAGCGGUGAUAGCAAUACUCUAACAACUGAUAAGACUAAAGUGACUUUAGAAGCAUUAUUACCUGGCAGAAAUUACUCGAUAAUCGUACAAGCCAUCAGCAACAAGGUUGAGUCUAACGAGACCAUUCUGUACCAAGUCACACGACCUUCCAGUCCCAUAAUCGAAGAUUUAAAACCCAGCGAAACGGGACUGAAUAUCUCGUGGAAAAGCGACGUGAAUUCGAGGCAAGAGAAGUUCGAAGUGACGCUCAAUAGGAACGACACUGGAGAGAGCGCCACUACCCUUACCACGGAGUCCCAUAUCGUUUUGGGAGAUCUUUAUCCUGGUGCAGCGUACGAAGUCAAAGUUUUCGCCAUUAGUCAUGGGUUAAGAAGCGAACCCCAUGAUUAUCUUCAAGCCGUUUUACCCCACCCACCAAAGAAUCUAAGCAUCGAAAGGGUGACAAGCAAUACCGUCGUUGUUCACUGGGAGGCCCCUACAGAUUCGUUGUAUUCCGAAUUCUCGAUUAGAUAUCGAACCGAAGACGAUCCCAGAUGGGUAAAAUUGCCCAGUGUACGCGAAACGGAAGCGGAAGUGGCGGAUAUGACAGCUGGAGAAAAGUACACGAUUCAAGUGAACACUGUCAGUUACGGUGUCGAAAGCCUUUAUCCGCUUCAAGUGAACCACACAGUUCGACCCAAUCUAGUGCUGAAUAUUACACCAGUCAUCGACUCUACGAACGUGACCCUAGAAUGGCCCAGGCCGGAAGGUCGAAUUGAAACCUACGUAAUAAGAUGGUGGCCAGUAGAGAAUUCAGAGGACAUUAGAUCAAAAAAUGUCUCAGAAAGCAACGAUGCGACUGGCAUUCUCUUCGACGAGAAUAUUGUACAAAAGGUGCUGGUCAGCGACCUGAUGCCAGGUGUUCAAUAUUCAUUCAGCAUCUACACGGUUUCUUAUAAUCUGGUUAGCGACGUAACCAAUUUAACAAGCAGAACAAUGCCACUGAUCCAAUCGGAAGUCGUUGUGGUGGUCGAUCGAGAUCAGCCUGACUCUUUGACAUUGAGGUAUACACCAACACCGAUCCAAUCGUCCAAGUUCGAUCUGUACCGUUUCCGGAUUAGCGACGAGAACAACACGACGAAAGAACGACUGGUCGAUGACACCGACACCAAGGUGACGUUCACUGGCCUAACACCUGGUAAACUCUACAACGUGACCGUUUGGACAGUCAGCGAUAAUGUUGAGAGCAGGCCAUUGGUCAAACAGGAUCGGCUUUAUCCUGAACCAAUAACAGCAAUUCAGGCUGUAAACAUCAACGAUACCAGAAUCACAUUAACUUGGGACAUUCCACGUGGACAGUACGAUGCUUUCGAGGUCCAAUAUAUAAACACAGAAGGAAAUUACAUUCAGAAUAUCACAUCGGUCAAUUUGAUAACCAUCUCCGACUUGAAGCCUCACAGAAAUUACACUUUUACGCUUGUAGUACGUUCUGGUACUGCAUCUUCAAAUCUCAGGAUAUCGAACCCUUUGAGCGCUAGUUUCACCACCAGUGAGUCUUAUCCUGGCAAAGUGGAAAAGUUUCAUCCUACGGAUAUUCAGCCAAGUGACAUCAGCUUCGAGUGGUCUUUGCCUAGUCAGGAACAGAAUGGCAUCAUCAGGAAAUAUACCAUUACUUAUGGAUUGGAUGGUUCAGCACACACUCAGAUGCAGGACUUCAGACCAAACGAGUACCGCGGCGUCAUUAGAUCCCUCAUACCUGGCAAAACGUACAUCUUCCGUAUCCAAGCGCAGACGAAAAUUGGUUUCGGACCAGAAGCAGUGUGGAAGCAGAAGAUGCCCAUCCUGGCACCUCCGAAACCACCGACCCAAGUGGUGCCUACCGAGGUCUGUCGAAGUAGUAGCACGAUUCAAAUACGAUUUAGAAAGAACUACUUCAGUGAACAAAACGGGGCUGUCACUUCUUAUACCAUCAUCGUGGCGGAGGAUGACAGUAAAAAUGCUUCUGGUUUGGAGAUGCCAAGCUGGAGAGACGUACAAGCGUACAGCAUAUGGCCACCGUACCAGGUGAUGGAGCCAUAUUAUCCAUUCAAGAAUGGAUCGGUCGAGGACUUCACGAUCGGUACCGAAAAUUGUGAUAACAAAAUAGGAUACUGUAAUGGACCACUGAAGUCUGGAUCUACUUACAGAGUUAAAGUUCGAGCGUUCACAGCUCCUGAUAAAUUCACGGACACCAGUUACAGUUUCCCGAUUCAAACAGAUAAAGACAACACAGCCAUCAUUGUCGGAGUGACGGUUCCAAUAGUGCUUUUGUUAACUUUACUGGGAAUUGGUCUACUGGUGAGACGAAGAAGAAGCCAGGGUCGUAAAACAACCGAAACAAGGACAACGGACAACCUGUCUUUACCAGACAGCGUUAUUGAGACCAGUCGGCCAAUUAAAAUAGAGGAUUUCGCAGAGCAUUAUAGAACAAUGUCCGCGGAUUCCGAUUUCCGUUUCUCGGAAGAAUUCGAAGAACUGAAGCACAUUGGAAGGGAUCAACCAUGUACAGCAGCCGAUUUACCUUGCAAUAGGCCAAAAAAUCGCUUCACGAAUAUUCUGCCUUACGAUCAUAGCAGAUUUAAGCUUCAGCCUGUAGACGAUGAAGAAGGAUCUGAUUAUAUCAACGCCAAUUAUGUUCCUGGUCAUAAUUCUCCAAGGGAAUUCAUCGUCACGCAAGGUCCUUUGCAUUCUACACGCGAUGAUUUUUGGAGAAUGGUCUGGGAAAGCAAUAGCAGAGCCAUCGUGAUGCUAACGAGGUGCAUCGAAAAAGGCAGAGAAAAAUGUGACCAUUAUUGGCCGAUGGACACUCUACCAGUCUAUUAUGGAGACAUUUGCGUUACCAUAUUAAACGAGACACAUUAUCCUGAUUGGAGUAUUACGGAAUUCAUGUUAUGUAGAGGUGAUGUGAAAAGAGUCAUCCAACACUUUCAUUUUACCACCUGGCCGGACUUUGGUGUUCCAAGUCCACCUCAGACUCUGGCCAGAUUCGUGCGGGCGUUCAGGGAAAGAGUUCGUCCGGAUCAGAGGCCGAUCGUGGUUCACUGUAGUGCGGGAGUGGGUCGUAGUGGUACCUUCAUCACCUUGGAUCGAAUUCUUCAGCAGAUCUUGGUGUCCAAGUACGUGGAUAUCUUUGGAAUAGUCUGGGCAAUGAGGAAAGAACGUGUCUGGAUGGUCCAAACCGAGCAACAGUAUAUUUGUAUACAUCAAUGCCUUCUGGCAGUGCUAGAAGGACAAGACAUGACUGGACCACCUAGGGAGAUUCACGAUAAUCAAGGAUUCGAAGGCAAGAAUCGAAGCUCCGUUGAAAACGCAAACAGUCCUGCUGAAGAUGAAAAGGAAAGGUGACCCUCGAACUGCGAUUCCUGCGUCGAUGACGACGAAGGAAUAGCAGAAUCAGGGAUGUGAUGCUCGAAUACCUCGUCUUAUUUAUGGAUCAACGAACUCUAGGAUUUAGAGGUGUCUUGAAGGAUGACAGUGGCAUUCAAUGAUACGCCUUGGGUGUUUGAAACCCAAACAAGUAGGAUGGAAGCUGAAGACGAAGCAGAGAAGAAUCCGAGUGUUUGGUUCGAAUGAAAUGACUUGUGAUGAAUUGUUUCAGCCAUAAUAUUCCAGAAGUGAUUCUUUUCUAAUUAGUUUCCUCGUGAAGGGCGACGCGCGCCCAAGUGAUACGGUUUUAGUUUUCCUUUAUGGCGGCUCGAGAUUUGUGAAACUGUGAAACGAACAACGCCAAAGCUUGCUCGAAGUUUUGUACACGUGAACCAGAAGAGUUCGAGGUCGUCCUGACAGCGCACGGAUGGUAAAUCUACCGAAAAUAAUUCAUUCCCACCAAUGCUUCAGGGUGGAUGUGUCAUUCGAAAGGUAAUUUACUCAUUCUGGGGAAGAAUCAACGAGAAUUUUCAUUUUUUAUAUUGUAGACAGGUGGACGAACUUAAAAAAUGCUUCUUUAUCAAAUCAUGAACACUUUUUAUUUAGAUUCUAACGAAACGAAAAUUUGCUUAUGAGAAAUUCUAAAAAUGAUUUUGUGAAUUGUCCAAAACAUUUUUAUAAAUGUAUUUUUAUAGAAACAAAUGGAUUUUAGCAAAUUAUUAACGUAUAAUAUAAAUAAUUAGGACUGUUUUAAUUUCAAAAGUUAAA